CGCUAAGAUGCCACGUAUCAAAAAGGCAUCACGCAACAUGACGACCAUGAAGAAUAAUCGCACGUAUGGUCUUCUUCAUACCAUCUGUAAGAUCGCAUUUUUGAGCUGCGGUACCAACUUUUGGUUUGAGGACAUGGAUUGUCCUGCAAAAUUGAUGAAAAUCUACAACGCAAUAGCUCCAGUCCUCGAAGUCUUAGUAGCUUUGUUUAUUAUGUCCCAUUUCGGUGCUUUUUGGACGCAGCCGAAUUUAACUGAAAAGCAGAGCACCGAUCGAAUGUUAUUGACGUGUGUUAAUGGCCUUACGUAUUUAGUUUAUGUCAACAUUUUAUAUCAUAAGCGAGAGAUCAGAGAGUUGGUGAUGACACUUGCUGUGAGGUUGAACGAGGUUUGUAACGAUGGAACCAUCGAGAAAAUGAUGCUUAGAAGAACGUUCCGGUAUAUAACGGCGCUUGUUUUUAUAUGCAGCUCUGCGAUGUUUUCUUAUGGGCUUGGGAGUGGGAUUCAGGCGCUUACAACAAACGCGACUUUCACCAACAUGAUCCCUGUAUGGCCAGACGUUGAAGACCGAAGAAUUAUCGCCGCAGCCGCUCGCAUAGUCCACUACAUCGUCUGGUUGUUUUUCUUGGCCCGGGUCAUCGCCAUCUACACGUUAAUUCUCACCAACACAAUUAGUAUCGCGCACCAGUUCAAGCAUCUGUGCAAAUAUUUUGAAGACCUGAACGAUAUCUUUGAAGGAAAUGGCAGUCAGGAGGAAAAGGAGAGGAAAUAUGAAAAUGCUUUUAAAGUUGGGAUUAAAAUGCAUGCUAUCACGCAAUGGUGCACGAAGCAGAUACAGCUAACGGCCGGCAUGGCGUUCAACGGUCAGGUCAUAAUCAACGUCUGCUCACUCGGCCUGCUCAUGAUUCAGAUGAUGUCCACAGAGCGUACUCUGGUCGCAAUGAUGCAGAUCUUUUUAAUGGUGUUGUUAAUCCUGAUCGGCACUGGACUAUUCUUAUGGAACGCUGGAGACAUCACCAUCGAGGCGUCUUUCCUGCCAGCGGCCAUGUUCCACUCGGGCUGGCACAACUGCACGAGGCAGUCCUCGGUGCGUGUGCGCAAGCUGGUCACCAUCUCCAUCGCGCAAGCGCAGAAACCUGUCGUCAUCAAGAGUUUCGGAUUCAUAGAACUCUCUUAUCAAUCGUAUGUAUCGAUCGUGAAGGCAUCGUACUCCAUAUUCUCAGUUAUUUAUUAA